AUGCCUUCCCCCAGACUCAUCCCCACCUGGAGAGAGUUUAAGUGUCUUAUAAAUGAUAUCAUACAUAAAGACAAGCAAUCUUCAGAUGACUCAAAGAGUGAUACAGUUGUUCUGAGUGACCGGUCCCAGACACUGUUCAAAGAAUCUCGCUUUCCUCUAAAUAUGCCACUUGUAUGCCACUACUUCUGUGAUGCCUACUUCUUUGCUUCUCUCUCCUGGGUGACACCCCACACAAAAGAAAUGCAGGCUGUAGUGUGGAUGAAGAGCAAAUCUGAGGACAUGGUUGAGAAGAAAGCAUUCUUCAUGACUGAGCGACUGCCACCCAUCCAGUCAAUGGUCCACACGGGUUCCUAUCAUAUUCUUGUGGCCUACUGUGGUGACCUGAUUCUGCGCCUCUUUGGGGACCACUUUCGGGCAUUCAAACCCCUCGCCACAGUGCCCUGCCGCUUCAACAUCAACUGUCUCUGCUAUGACCCAGAAAUGAAGAUGCUUCUGUCUGGCAUCCGGGGUUCAGUGGUCACCUGGGUCAUUGAUCAAAGUGGCAAGGGCCUCCAGAUAGCUCACAUGAUCUCCAUGCCAGGUAAUGAGCUUGUCCAGGACAUUGUGCUGAAUGGCCCCAAUGGCUCUGUCCUAGCCCUGUGUGAGACUGUGGUGAGAGCCCUUGAGCGCCAUGGCCAGGGCACGCUGGCAGAGAUGAAGAAGUUCAUCUCCACCAGCAGUGGCUCCUCUAUCACCUGCUGCUUCACAGCUUUGGACAAGGGUUUUCUCUAUGCUGGAAACCAGGCAGGGGAAAUCCAAGUAUGGAAUGUCAAUCACAGCCAUGCCCUCUACAGUUUCAAGGCCCACAUCUCAUUAGUGGUUUGUAUCCGCAGCCGAUCAGAGGCCAACACCCUGCUAACAGCUGGCCAGGAAGGCCUCAUGAAGGAGUGGAACCUGACUUCAGGGAACCUGCUUCGGCGACUAGAAUUUGGCGAGGAGCUGUACCGCCUCCAGUUUAUUGAUGACACUACCUUCUUCUGCCAAACUACCCAUACAUUUUUCUUGUGCAGACUGCCCUGCUUCUAUAGCCUCUUUCAUGUCUGUGGCUCUGCUCCCCAGCAGGUGCAUCGGGUCUGCUGUGGUGAUGACUGGUACAAGAUCCUGUGCAUUACAGAUGAUGGCCUGUUGCGCUUUGUGUCCCCAAUAACAGGGGACCUUCUGCUUCUCACCUGGCCCUUCUCCAUCCUGGACGAGGCUGUGGACUGGGCCUAUGACCCACGUAAAGAGGAGCUCUUUGUGGCAACAGGCAACACAGAGGUGCUGGUUUUUGACACAACCCAUAACCCAUCCCCAGCCAAGUAUAUUUUAUGCAGCUCAGCCAAUUCUCAGGACUUUGUACACUGCCUGGCUUAUGGGCAUUUCCACCUGGGGCGAGGGAUAGAAGGACUGAUAUUCUCUGGGCACCAGAGUGGUAUGGUAAGAGUGCUUUCCCAGCACAGCUGUGCCCGAAUAGAGAAAUUCAUACACUAUGGGGCUGUACUGGCACUCUCUACACUGUCUGCGAGGCUUCUGGGUGGCCGAGAAAACUCUUUGCUGUGUUCUUAUGGGAUGGAUGAUUAUAUACACUUAUCAGAAGCUGUGCUUGAGGGGACAAAAUUACAACUGCAGCCUCUCUCAAGCAUUCUCAGCAGCUGUCACCUAAAACAACUGGUACUCUUGCCCCACACUGUGGGUGCCAUCACAGACACUAACUGCCUGCGUCUCUGGAAGUUCCGUGAUUUUAUGUCCUAUGAGUCACAAUCAGGCUCGAAAUUCAUAGAGACCUUGCCUCUGCACCAAUGUACCAUCACAUCCUUUGAUGUCUGCUUGUCUCUGAGUCUUUUUGUCACCGCUGGCAGUGAUGGCUCUGUCCGGAUCUGGGACUUCCAUGGUAGACUCAUAGCCAUGCUGGACUCAUCACUGCGCUUUGGCCCAGUCUGCUUUGCCAAUGACCGGGGUGACCUGCUGGUGACUUUCAAUCAGGGUCUUUAUCUGGUAUCCUGUUUAAAACUGUUUCCCCCUAGCCUGCUUUCUCUCCUUUCCUUAAGGAGUAUAACAGAUGAAGUGCUAGAAGCCCCUAAGCCUUUCAUACCAAGCUUCUUUCUCUCUUUUGAGAUUAUGUUUGUGCCCAAGUAUAUCUACCUUGGUCAGGGGAAACAGGAACUAUUGGGCCUGCAGAACCUUAUCAAUAAGCGGGCCAUUGCCUUCGACCAUUCUGUGCCACAUGUGAUAGAAGAUGAGGAUGGCAGUCCCAUGUUACUGGGUACUGGCAAACAUGUGGCGGAGGUGCCGGUGAGCAAGCCUCCUCACCACCAUUACGUGGUUCCUCCCCAGUUGCAACUGACUUACUGGGAUGGCCUGUACCCUUACCACAUACUGAGAUGCUACUUUGGUUCCGGGAGGGAAUGGUUCCUUGCCCCCGAUUGCUACAUCCCCAACUCAGUGAUUCGUGCCCGUCUCUGGCCAGAGGGCAGCCCAAUCCACCUACAGUGCAACCUGCACGCACCCCAGCGGGAACUGGAAUGGGAAAUGCCUGAACCCUUCUUUUUAUGGAACAGCAGGGUAAGAACUUUGAGUAAAAUACAAGAAUAUGAAGAGAAGGAGGAUGAAGGCUUUCUAGCAAUGAGAAAAUCCAAGGAAGGAACCUACAGUGUCGUUAUGGACUCAGCAAGGCGAAGUUGGCUGGGCAGAAAAAUGAGUGACAUAGCUAUCAGCAACCUAAUUGAGACAAUUCUCAAUAUUAUGCUCCAUGCUUCCCCACUGAAGUAUCAGUGCUGUAUUGGUGCACUAGGGCAGAUCUUUGCCUCUUACCAAGUGUCUCCAUCCCUGCGCUCUGAGACCGCCCACCGUCUGCUGGAUGAUACAGCCAAUUCCAACCCACUGAUCCGAGAGCUAGCCUGGGAAGGGCUGAAGCGUCUAGGCAUGGUCACUCAUCUCUUUGCCUUGCCUCUGGCCCAAGGGUUAAUGGAUAAGGAUGAAAGAGUGAGAAAUAAGGUCCUCAGCAUCAUGCCUGACACUGGAAUCCACACCAGGACCUCACUCUUAAGCUUGAUCCAGGGACCAGACACUUACCAGGAGAUCCACUUCCCAAAAGAGCAAAGACAGAUCCAGAAAGAGAAGAUAAAGGUCAGGAGUCAGAGAAAACAAGCCCGACAUAAAAGAAAACAAGCCAAAAAUGAGAAAAGACUAGCACAAGAAGAAGAGAAGCUUGCACAAGAAGAGAGAAAGCUGGCCCAGGAAGAAAGAAAAUUGGCCCAAGAAUAUGUGAAAAUGUACCUGAAAGAUGAGAAAAUGGUCAAGGCAGAGAGUGAAUUUGCCCAGAAAGAGGAAAAAUUGGCUCAGAGAGAGGAACUACUAAGCCAUAAUGCAGAGCAAUUGGCCCACAAGAGGAAGAAACUUGCUAAGAAAUUGGAGAAAACUGCCCAUGAGGAAGAGAAACUAGCAAAGAAAAAAGAGAAAGCAAUUGAAAUAAAAAUACUACUGGCCCAGAAAGCAGAAAUUCUGAAGCAGAAGGAGCAAAGUCUGAAAUGGCAAGAAAAUGAACUGGCUGAGGAACUUGAGGAACUGGAAAAGAACAUGGAAGACCUCGCUUCAAAAGAAGUUGAACAAGAGAGACUGGUUAAGGAAAAAGACGAACUGGCUCAGGAAGAAAAGUUAUUGGCCUCUAGAGGGGAGAGUCUAGCUAACAAACAGAAAAAUUUGGCCCAGGAAGAAGACCUACUGAUUCAGGAAGAAGAGAAGCUGGCCCAGAAAAACGAAAAAACACCCAUGGAAGCAAGAAGAUUGUCUCAGAAAAGGCAGAAACUGAUAGAGGACAAAGAGAAACUAGCCCAGGAAAGGGGAAAACUAGUGCAGGACAAGAAAGAAUUCACACAGAACAAGGAGAGGCUGACCCAGAGGGAAGAGAAUCUGGCUCAGAAAAGGAAGAGUUCGGCUCAGGAAAAGGAAAAAUUGGCUCAGAAGAAAGAGAAUCUCUACCGUGUCAAGGAAGAACUCCUCCAGGAGAGAAAGAAAUUAGCUUGGGCAAAGAAGAAAAUAGAUAUGUACAAGGAGGCACUGGUUCAGGUAGAAGAGAAGCUAAAGCAGGAAGAGGAGGAGGUGGUCAAGAAGAAGGAGAAAUUUAAUGCUGUAGAGAAGAAACUUGUUCAAGCAGGUGGUAUUCUGGCUAGAAACCAGGAGAAAGUAGCCCAGAAAAAAAUGGAAUUGUCUGUAGAGAAGAUGGCAGUGCUCCAAGGAAGGAAACUUCCCAGAGAUGAGCUGGAUGUUUCUAAGGAAGAAAAGACAGUGGGAAUGGAAUUGAAGAUGUUGAUCCAAAAGAAGAUGAGACUGGAUAAGGGGAUGGAAAUUCUCUCCAAGACUCAAGAAACCCCAGGAAAACCAAAACUGACUAGACAAGAAAUAGAUGUAAUGAAGAAGAGACUGUCACUAGAGGAAAAGAUAUUAAGAUCUAAAGACAGAAUUCUGGCCACAGAGGAAAAGGAUGUUGCCAAAGAAAAACUGGAAUUUACCAGUGAAGAGAGAGUAUAUGCCAAAGAAGAAAGGAAGUUAACUAAAAGUAUAAGGAAGUUGAUUAAAGAAGAGAAGGACAUUUUUAAGGAGCCAACAAAAAUGAGCAGUGUUGCAAAGGCACUUCAAAAACUGAUCAGUGAUGAAAGGAAAAUAAUCCAGGAGGAAAUAAAGAUGACAAAAAUAAAGCGGUCACUCGUUAUCAAAGAGAGAAGACUGAGCAAUGAACAGAGUAGACUUGAUAGCAAAGAGUUAAAUAUUCCUGAUCAAGAAAUAGAACUUGCCACAGAUGAAGAGAAACUGGCUAAGCAGCAGAGAAAAUUGGCCAAGAAAAUGAGAAAUAUUAGAAAGCAAGAGGAAAAAAUUGCUGAGAAAGAAAGUAGAUUGGCCAAGGAACAGAGAGAAAUCAUACAGGCUGCAGAAGAAGAAAAAAUUGAGGAGGAAGAGGAAAUCCCAUCCCUUAAACGGAAGAGGAGAAAAAGAAAAAAGCCAAAAGAAAUUGAUAUCCUAAAGAGGUACAGAAAAGUGGAUGAGAUGGAAAGUGAAGAGAGCAUUUCUAUGGACAUAGACAUCCUGUUAGAAGAAGUGGAGCCAGAGAGUUUGUCUGAAGAGGAAGAGGAAGAAGAGGAAGAGGAAGAAGAGGAAGAGGAAGAAGAGGAAGAGGAAGAGGAGGAAGAGAGAGAGGAAGGGGAGGAAGAAGAGCUGGAAGAGGGAGAGGAGAGGGAGUAUGAGGAGGAAGAAGAGGAAAAAGAGAUGGAGGAAGAGGAAGAGGAAAAGGAGGAAAGGCGAAAAAAGAAGGAAAAGAAAAGGAAGGCAAAGGAAAAGAAGAAGAAGAAGAAAAGAAAAGUGGAGGAGGAGGAGGGGGAGGAGGAUGAAGGUUCCAAGGAAGAGGAAGAAAUCAUGAGUGAGGAAGAGCUGAAAGGUUUGAAUGAGACACAAGAGGAGAGAAGCUCAGUAGAAGUGGGCAAGGAAAAAGACAUCCUAAAAAAAGAAGAACUAUUUAAGCUACAAGAAGAGAGAAGAAAGGACCUACAAAGAAGGGGAGUGGUCCCUUCUAUUGGAGCAAGAUCCAUUGGGGUCAAAGGCAGUGGUCUAAAACUGAGAGUUCUAAAAGUCCCUUCCAGACAACCGAUCCCAGUACAUAUGGACAUGGGAGGGAAGAUACAAAUACCACUGCCAGUUCAACAAACAUUCUUGGAAGAAGAACCCAAAGCACUCCAGACAGAACCCAAAGCACUGCAGACAGUGAGUAUGUUCUCAAAGGUGCAGCUGAAGGAUAAAGAAAGAGAACUGUUUGAAAAAUAUCAACCCACCCCUCUACAUGGGCUGGAUACAAUUGUACUGUCCCAAGAGCAGGACAUGAAGACAUCAUUCAUGUCCAGCAUAUUUAGGAAAACCAUGGAGUUUCACAAACUCCAACAGAAACUCCAAGGUGCCAGGCUCAAGUGGGUUUUGCAACGUCAUCCACCUCUGAGAGGACGCAGUAAGGUACAACUUCCUCUUGCCCAGAUCCUGGCCAAAAAACAACAUCCAGAGGUACAGGUAAACCUCUCAGACAUAGAAUGGAUCCACCAGGUCCUAGAACGGAUGGAGGCAGGAGAACAGCUUUCCAGAGAUAGCUUCCACAGAUUGUGUCAGCUCCUCAAAGACCUGACCUCAGAGGGAAACUUAGAGUGGCUACGUCCAGCCAUGCUCGAAACCAUUGUGCACCAUCACUUGCGGACUCUGGAGCCACGAAGCAAAAGGGCCUCAAAGCUCAGUGGGGAACUCAGGACUCCAAAACACCUGAAAGUGAUUCCUCCUAUAAGGAGAAAGGAAAAGGAAAGUUGGCUAAAACCUUUGACUGUCUCCAAACCAUUAGUUUCAAAGACUGAUAUAGACCCAAAGGCUACAAACUGGCAUCUUCUGGGUAAGCCUCGCCAGAGUGCACGGAUUCAGCAGUUAUCCAGUGCUAUCAAAGAAAUGGAGAUACGACAUUUUUGUCCUGUCACAAGAGACCUCUUCACAGGUUCCCAUGCCUCUGUGGACAGACAAACGCUGGCACUAAUGUUUCAGAAAGACCUUAGGGCCUUUAAGUGUAAGGACAGAUUUCCUAAAUUGCCCAAGUUAGAGAAGAAGACACAGCCUAUCUCACAAAAAAAGGAAAAGGUCCCUCCAUGGGAGACAUUUGUGGAACUGUAUCAUGUUUUGAGGAUGCUCCAGCAGCGAUAUGCUAAAGACACUGCUGCUUGGAUGGAACAGUUCCAUCAGCUCAUGGACUUGUACAAGUUCAGGUCCCCCAGAAUCCAGAGGCUGCUACAAGAUCUACUACUGGGAGAGGAGCCUCGACCCAAACAGAUGAUCUACAAAGAGGCCCUGCAGGCCACAGAGCUAGUACCUGGGGAACGGGUGUUCUACUGCUUGGUUUGUGGUGGCUCUCACACCCCAAGUCCUCCAGGGUUCCAGAAUGUGAUACCCCUUCCUGGACAGAACAAUGUACAUACCUUCCUUCCUGUCGGUAUUGCCAAAUAUGGAAUCUUAGAGCUUGCCUGGAAGAGCCUGCCCCAAGCUGAUGCUUGCCUCACCAAGGAGCUUCCUCACAUCACUGCCACCACUCCCAAAUUUGGGACUGGCUAG